AUAGCAACCAGCAGCGUGAAUAGUCGUAACUUCUUGCAAUCUAAAAUUUAGUUGGCUGAAAAAAAAUCUUAGAAAUGGAGUCCGCUAAACCGAAAGGAAACUAUCGUGGCAAGAAGAAGCCCCAAAGCGGGGAUCAGGAUGUCCCCGAGGGCACAUCCGGCCAAACUGCUGGACCGCCCCAAGGUCAACAGCAGAAGCAGCAAAAGUCCGGCCAAGGUGGGGGCGGCAAGUACAAGCAAAAACAGCUUCUGAAGCAGCAACAGCAGCAAGAUCUUCAACAGCAAACUGGCGAGGGCACACAAAUAUUGUUACCUACAACCAGCAACGCCCCGACCCCACCGUCCCAGCCCAUCGAAAAGUCUCUGGCCAAAGUGAAGCUCGACCUUGUUCGUCCGAAGAACUACGGCGUGGCCGGCACCCCUGUCAAGCUCGAGGUCAACUAUCUCGCGCUGAACUUGGACAAGCUACCCGCGAAGGCUUAUCACUACGACGUGGACAUUCAGCCGGCGGCGUCCCGAAAAUGGCAACGGGCUUGCUUCAGCCGGUUCCGGGCCGAGGCCCUGCCGAACCGGUUGAUUGCGUACGAUGGCCACAAGAAUGCGUACACGAUGCAGCCGAUGGACCAGAUGGACAAGGUUGGGGUUGCGGUGUCGCUGGAUAACCGCGAACGUCGGUUCACGGUGAGCGUGAAGCUUGCGAAUGUGGUCGAUCUGCGGAGUCUCAAGGGUGGCAACGAGCACAAUCAAGCGCCAGCGAAGCAAUGCUUGGAAGUGGUCUUUGGUACAGCUUCCGACCGUGAUCCGAGAUUGAUUAGGUUCAAGAGAUCCUGCUACUUUGCGCCACUUAAGCGCAUUGAUGUCGGUCGAAACGGUCGAAACCACGAACUGUGGUACGGGCUGCACCAAUCCUUAAUCCUAGGCUCCAAACUGUUUCUGAACAUUGACGUUGCCCAUAAGGCCUUCCCCUCUGGGGUUCCUGUACUAGAUGUUGUCGGAGACGCGGCUUAUUUUACCCAGCAGGGUUACCGACUGCGAUACCCCGAACUACCGGUCAUGCACGUGGGUAGCACCGUGCGGAACAUUAUGCUGCCGAUGGAGCUAUGCCAGAUUUUGCCGGGUCAAGCUCUGAACAAAAAACAUCCGGACGAGUGCACGGCGCAGAUCAUCAAACUUGCUGCAACGGACGCCCCGACCAGGAAGCGAAAAAUCAUGGAACUCAGAGAUCAAAUCAGUUACAGCAACUGCCCAAUCAUCAAGGAGUUUGGUAUUGGCGUUGGGAAAGAUUUCGAAGUCAUCGACGGAAGAAUCAUGGCACCACCGUUGAUCGAAUACAAGAAUCGUAGAACUGUUCUGCCUGAGCAUGGUCAAUGGAGUGCAGACAACGAAGGUUUUAUUACCUCCAACCAACGAGAACUACGCUGGAUCAUCUUGAACCUGGACAGUUAUAAGACUCGUCAGAGUGAUGUGGAUUCAUUUGGAAAUAACGUGUUCAACGAGUCUCGCAAGAAGGGCAUGCAGCUGGAGCCUUUCUCCAUGCAAAACAACUAUUACGAACCACGCAAUACGCGUAUGAACAUGAAGCAGCUGGAAACCGAAUUGGAAAAUAGUUUGGGUUAUUUUAAAAAGCAACAAUUGGAUUUCGUUAUCGUGGUGAUUCCCGGCAUUGGUGACCAUUACUCCAGGCUCAAGCAAAAGGCAGAAUUAGUCGUAGGUGUACUAACAUCAUGCGUUAAAGGGAAUACAGUGAAAAACACGCGUUCUCCCUUGACCGUGGUUAACAAUAUACUGCUGAAGAUCAACGGUAAAACCAACGGAACGAACCACGUGGUACAAUCACCAGACCCAAAAAUCCCACUUAUCAAAAAGCGCAUCAUGUUCGUCGGAGCGGACGUAACCCACCCAUCCCCAGAACAAUCCACAAUUCCCAGCGUAGUUGGUGUUGUCGCCUCGUUCGACCGGAACGGAUUCCGCUACAAACCUCACUUCCAACUGCAGGACCCCAAAGAAGAAAUGAUCCACGGCCUCGAGGCCAUCAUGCAGACGAUGUUGAACAACUACAAGAACAAAAACAACCAACAACUGCCCGAAAUGAUCCUCUACUACCGGGACGGUGUCUCCGACGGGCAAUUUUCGCAGGUUCUCGACAUUGAGCUCAACGCGAUCAACAGGGCGGUCGCCGCAAUGAACCCACCAAGCAAAAUCAACGUAACAUUUGUCGUUGUUCAAAAGCGCCACCACACGCGCUUCUUCCCCGGACCCAAAUGUCCGAAAGAGGGCCAGAACCAGAACGUCCCGCCGGGCACCAUCGUGGACAGGUACAUUACCACGCCUAAACAUUUCCAGUUUUUCCUGACCUCGCACCAGGCGGUCCAGGGUGUGGCGAAGCCCAGCAAGUACACCGUUCUGCACGACGAUGAACAGUGGGAUCCAGAUCAGCUUCAAGCGAUUACCUACGCGCUGUGCCACAUGUACGCUCGGUGCAAUCGAUCCGUGUCGUACCCGGCGCCGACCUACUACGCACACUGGGUGGCAGCCCGAGGAAAGGUCUACAUUCAGGGUCGCACCCUCAAUAUGGCAGAACUUGACCGGGAGAAUAGUUUGCUGCGUAUAAGACCGGAAAUCAUCGGAGAGCGGUCAAUGUUCUUUAUUUAAAUAUUUUAUUCACAAAAUAACAGCGACUUUUUGAAUGUAACAACAAUGAUAAAUGUUUUAUAAAAUCACUAUAUAAUAUUCUUACAGUUUAGGCAUA